AUGACCGCUGAGCUGAAAGAACAUCGCCUCGAAGUCUCUCAAGAUCACCGUCAACCUGUCGCUGAUGAUUUAUUCUUCAUGCCGCGGAUCAUCUCCGGUGACGAGAGUUGGGUCUACGGGUACGGCCCUGAGACAAAGCAGCAGUCAACACAGUGGAAGAGUCCUUCAUCUCCACGACCGAAGAAGACACGACAGAGCCGCAGCACAGUCAAGAGCAUGCGCAUCGUUUUUUCGACAUCCGUGGUAUUGUGCAUCGAGAAUUCGUCCCCUAGGUCCAGACCGUCAAUCGAGAGCCGUUCGGUGAAAGCGACCGGAUCUAUGGAGCGCGAAGAAUUGGAUUCUUCACGAAGAAAAUCCAUCCUGUCUCAGAGCUCUCCUCACUCACCUUCCACUAACAUCUAUCUAUCUAUCUAUCUAUCUAUCUAUCUAUCUAUCUAUCUAUCUAUCUAUCUAUCUAUCUCGGAAAGGAGACGGCACGCAGAUGAAAAAGUUCUAUCUAUCUAUCUAUCUAUCUAUCUAUGA